AUGCCGAAUCGAAAUCUAUCAUGCAUUGAAGAUCGAGCGAAUGAACUUUGGCUUGAAAUGUUUGAUUAUCUUGAUUGGAUUAAUCUUUAUUCAGCAUUUCAUGGUAUCAAUAAACGAAUUAAUCAAUUGCUUAUGAAUAUUCGAACUCUUUCAAUAUAUUCAUCUUAUUUAAUCAAUUACCUGAAUACACUUUACUUAUGUUUUACAGAAUUUCCAAUAGAAAAGUUUAAAUAUAUUCAACAUUUUCAAUUAAUAUAUGAUUAUCCAUAUAAUGAACCAUUAGAUAUUGCAAAAUAUUUUCGUUCAUUUCCAUCUGUGAUUUCAUUAAUUAUUGAUGCUAAUUCUGAUGAUUAUGGUAGAUAUACAAAUCAACUUAUAACGAUUAUUUUUCAUAAACAUUGUCCUUUUCUUCAAUAUUUACAUUUACCAGGACAUACGUUUGAUAAACCAUUACCAAUUUAUGAACAUAUAUGUACAUUCUAUUUUCCAUCUCUUGUUCAUAUUCAUGUGAAUAAACUUCCUUUUUAUAUGGGUAUGCAAUUAUUGGAUCAAUGUAUUCAUUUACGUUCAUUUUUCGCAAUAUUUUACGAUUAUCCAUCGGACGAUAAUGUAACAGCAUUAUCUAAUGGAAUACCUGAACGAAUUCUUUCGGGUCUUCCAAAAUUGACAAAACUUGGUUUAGGAGAAGAUAAUUUUCAGGAAAAAGAAUCUUCAAGUAGAUUUCUUGAAUUAUUCUUACCAAUUUGUCCUAAUCUACGUACAUUCAAUUUUAAUAUUCGUUUUCAUGAUUGUUCUAUUAAUCCUGAUAAAAUACUUGAUCCAAAUUGGUGGGAAUAUAUCUUAGCAUCACAUUAUUAUUUAAAACGAAUUUUUCUUCGUCUUAAUUGGUGGGUUCGAGACCACAGAAAUAAUGGUCGUCCCAAAAUUCAACGUUUUCAAGGAUCAUCUUUUUUUACUCAAUUUAACGUUAAAAUUGAUUACAGCACUCGUAGUGAAUUUAUGCGAUCUAUGGAAUAUGAUCUUUAUAUUAAAAAUUAA